GGCCGGGCCGGGCGGCGGGAGCGGGGCUGGGGCUGGGCCGGGCCGGGCCGGGCGGCGGGAGCGGGGCUGGCGGCGGCUGAGCGGCGCGGUGCCCCGGCCCGGGGUGAGCAUGGUGCCCUAGUGCUGGGGCUAUGUCGGAGGCGGCCCGGAGCCUCCUGCAGCGCUGGGGCGCCAGCUUCAGGAAGGGCACCGACUUCGACUCCUGGGGGCAGCUGGUGGAGGCGAUCGACGAGUACCAGAUAUUAGCAAGGCAUCUACAAAAAGAGGCUCAGUCUCAGCACAACAACUCAGAAUUCACUGAAGAUCAAAAGAAAACCAUAGCUAAAAUUGCAACAUGCUUGGAACUGAGAAGUGCAGCUUUACAGUCCAACCAAUCACAGGAUGAAUUUAAGCUUGAGGAUCUGAAGAAGUUGGAACCAAUCUUAAAGAAUAUCCUCACUUAUAAUAAGGAUUUCCCCUUUGAUGUUCAGCCUGUCCCAGUCAGGAAAAUUUUAGCACCUGGAGAAGAGGAACAUUUGGAGUUUGAGGAGGAUGAUGAAGAAGGAGGAGCUGGAGCAGGGUCUCCAGACUCUUUUCCUGCUAGAGUUCCAGGAGCCAAUGAAGGUACUUUGUUACCCAGAUUGCCAUCUGAACCCGGGAUGACAUUACUCACAAUCAACAUAGAGAAAAUUGGUCUGAAAGAUGCUGGGCAGUGCAUUGAUCCUUACAUCACAGUCAGUGUAAAGGAUUUGAAUGGGAUCGAUCUGACUCCUGUGCAAGAUACUCCUGUGGCUUUGAGGAAGGAGGACAUGUAUGUCCAUUUUAAUGUGGAUAUUGAGAUUCAGAAACACGUUGAAAAACUAACAAAAGGUGCAGCUAUUUUUUUUGAAUUCAAACACUACAAGCCUAAGAAGAGGUUUACUAGCACCAAGUGCUUUGCUUUCAUGGAGAUGGAUGAAAUUAAACCUGGGGCAAUCGUUAUAGAACUGUACAAAAAACCCACUGACUUUAAAAGGAAGAAACUGCAACUCUUGACCAAGAAACCACUUUACCUUCACCUCCAUCAAACAUUGCACAAGGAAUGACCCCAGUUGUGAGACUUCUGUGAACUGAACCACCAGUCGUGGUAGCUGUGUGUAGUAGCCUUAGCCUUCUAGGGGCAGGAACGCGACUGUAUUCAUGCCAGUAGGUCAGACGGGACCAUCACACACUGCACAGCACUACUUCAGAGUCAGAGGCAAGCCCGCCACCGUUUGAGUGCAAGUCUUUUCAGUACCUUCCAGAUAACAGGUUUUUCUAAAAUAUGUUGGCUGCUUUUCCUAAUUUUGCCAUUCAUCACUUUUUCUCUUAACCAUUACUAUACUUUUGCCUCAAACUCCACCCAAGGAUGGAGACUGCCCCUUUGCCAAACCUGUAGCAAUAAAGAAGUGGCAGGCCUACUGUUUACACUUGCUGUGCUGUUGUAGUUCCUCUCAUUUGCAUUUCUGAGUCCUUUGUAGCAGGUUGGGUGGCAGAAGAGCUGAAAAAAUAUGAGGUGGGGCAGGAAGGAGCUUGAGGUGCUGCAAGUGAUGUAAAGAGAGAGAGAGAGAGGAAGUUGAUGGGUCAAGUGGGGUGGCCACAGAAGAGCUCCUCAGUCAGCUGUUCUGCUUUGGUCGGACCAGGACAACUGCAGAUGAGAACACUGAACUAUGAUUUUUACAGCCUUGCCUGAUCCACUAGUACUGAGUUUUGGAUACAAUAUAUAUAUUCGAUCCUUUACAUCAGUGUUGCUCCCUAAUAGAGCUAAUUUUUCUGUAUCUUGUUACAGAGUGAUUUGCAAAGGUGGGUGGGGGAUUGAGAGAGGCUUUUCUCUAGGGCUUCAUCCUCAUGUCAUUUCACCACCAUUGUUUCAGUGACAGCAGGACCAGCUGCUCAGUGUUCUAGUGUCAGUUUUCCAGAGCUUUUAGUAAAGUCGACCUGGCUGGCAGGUUGACCCACCCUUUACAUAAAACUGCUGUUCUUACGGAAACUGCUUGUAUGCAGUUUUCUGCAUAUUUUGUGCAAGUCUGGAAACUUACUCUAAAAGUUACCUUUUUAUGUAAGUAGGAUUAUCAUUUAUUUUCUAUAUUUUUGAUUUGGUGUGUAAUAAGCUGCAGGACAUUGGCUUAUUAUGACACACUUGCAUUCACCUUUUAACCUAAUAAAGGGACAGAAGUAGAACUCAGUCAGAUCUUUAA